AUGCCAAAGGAGGUCGAGAGACCUCAGCAUCAGCUGACAGUUGCAUCGAUUGCCAGACUUGGGAGUCGGUCGAAAACGCAAUUGGAUGGGUGGCGGUGUGCCGUGGAGAGACAUGAACAGAUUGCUUUGGGGCAAAAGAUUGCUGGGUCUGAGGUUGAGAUGAAGAAGUGGCUCGAUGGGGUUGAGAAGAAGAUUGGAGGAAGUGGGAAGUAG